AUGAAGUUGACCAUCAGUGUUCUGCUCCUCGGUGCUCUAGCCACCUCGGUCGUCGCCACUGCGAUCCCUGAUAUCGGGCAGGAGGCAGAUAUUGCCGAAGAGGGCGUUUCCACCCUCGAGGAGAAGGCGGGACUGGCCGACCCGGCCAGAGCGACUGCCGAGGCUGCCUGCCAGCUUCCUCGAACUGCUGCUGUGACUGCUGGGGCUGCUGGAGCUUCUAUAUCUGCCGGGGAUGUGUGA